UCUGAAAGCUGUCACAAGAGAACAGAAGGUUUCUUCAAAACUGGGACUCCCUAUUAAUUUAUAUUGAGUUGAGAACUCAUCGAGCAAAGUCACACUAUUAGUUUUCUGGUGAAAAAAGAAGCAAUUAUGGGUGAUAUAUGGCAACAGAUUUUGGAAAAUUUUUUAAUUUCCGACAAAAAUCGCUCUGAAUAUACGGAAGAUGCGCAGGGAAUUGUAAAUUAUGUUAUGGAGGAACUUAAAAGCGUUGAUUCGCAAUUUGCUAAAGCUUUUGACGGUCUUAGCCUUGGAGGAAGUUACUUGGAUCGCGUCAAGCUGCGUACUCCCGAUGAAUUUGAUCUGCAUAUGAAACUAAAAUUCCCAUUUCCAAUCUACCCAAGGGCGUACAGCAACGGAUUUAUGUAUUUAUAUGCGCCCAUAGGAAGAAAUAGUUGCAAUAUUGUAUCGUGGGAUGGCUAUAUUCAUACGGCAGCAUUGCAAGAUUGGUUGCGCGGUGCAUUUCGAAAGAUUUUCAAGUCGAAUUUGUCUCUUAAAUGUCCAUCUGGUAGAAGCUACGAAGUUAGUUAUACACUCGCUGGCUACGCUUGUGCCCAUAGCCUAAAGGCAACGUGUGGCAGUCGUGUUAUUGAAUUUGAUCUGGUGCCGGCUUUUUCAUUUUCCCGGUCCGAGUGGCCUUCAUUUAAUCUCCCAGUUCCUAAUAAUAUGGCACCCCCGUGGUCUUGGUAUGCCGUACCCCAAACGAAGAAACACUUAAAUGACGACCGUACAUAUUUGGCCAUUUCCCCCAUGUGGGAACGGGAAAUGAUGAAAGAUAAACAGAAUCUAAAAAACGUUUUGCGUCUCAUGAAAGCAUUACGGGAUGCGCACAAGCCAGAUUUACCUCAUCUAAGCAGUUACAUGCUUAAAACAGUCAUUCUUCACAGGAUGGACAACAUCUCCUGGGACUCGAACCUUGGAUCCUUAUUCAUAGAGAUGUGGAGCCGCUUGGUGGAGAAUCUUCGCAAUCGUCGUCUGCCCUACUACUUGGCCAAUGGGCAUAACGUCUUCGACCGGAUGAAUGAUCAAGAACUGAGCAAAUGUUUGGCUACCGCCACAGAUCUUCUCUACAAGCUUCGCAAUUAUCAAAAUAAUCCUGGGCAAUUGAGGAAACUUUUUGAUUUAAACUAA